GAGACGCGAACAGGGAAGUCCUCCAGGAUCUGUACCUGUACACGCAUGGGUAUUUUUCCACGGAUUUCCUCCUGGUUCGGUCCUCCUCGGUGUGUUUGGGGCUGUUUUUCCUGGCCUGCGGCGGCCGUGAUGGCAGAUGAUGAUAAUGUGACCGGAGCGGGAGAGCGAGUUGCGCUGUGAGCCGAGCGGUUUGUGUCGAUGGACGACAGGACUUGAUGCUGUUUUGACAGCUGGGCUGAGCCUGCUCUCGACGGAACAGCAGAGCUUUACGCUGCACACUGCGGCACGAUUUAUACUUUUAAGGCGUCGCGAAAAGAAGGAUCAGCUGCCCUCUCUGCCCCCUGGCCAUGGCCUCGUUCCGGCUGAAGUACCUCUCCCUGGGCGUGCUGGUGUUCCAGACCACCUCCCUGGUGCUCACCAUGCGGUACUCCCGCACCCUGCAGGCUGAGGGCCCCCGGUACCUGGCCUCCUCGGCCGUGGUGGUGGCCGAGGUCCUGAAGAUCUUCACCUGUGUCCUGCUGGUCUUGAAGGAGCACAGUUACAGCAUGCGAGCUCUAAACAGCAUCCUGCGCCAGGAAAUAAUUCACAAACCCAUUGAAACGCUGAAGCUGGCGAUCCCGUCUGGGAUCUACACACUGCAAAACAAUCUGCUGUACGUCGCCCUGUCCAACCUGGACGCAGCCACCUACCAGGUGACGUACCAGCUGAAGAUCCUGACCACGGCCCUGUUCUCUGUGUCCAUGCUGGGCCGAAGGCUGGGCAUCUACCAGUGGCUCUCGCUGCUCAUCCUGAUGGCCGGAGUGGCUCUAGUGCAGUGGCCCUCUGAGUCUCCCACGGCUAAAGAGAAGGAGGUCCUGUCCGCCGGGUCACAGUUUGUCGGCGUCGCGGCGGUCCUGGUGGCGUGCUGCUCCAGCGGGUUCGCCGGUGUCUACUUUGAGAAAAUCCUGAAGGAGAGCAAGCAAAGUGUCUGGGUCCGCAACAUCCAGCUCGGGAUGUUUGGUUUCGUGUUCGGCCUCUUCGGGAUGCUGACCUACGACGGCGAGCGGGUGAGGGAGUCGGGCAUGUUUCAGGGAUAUAACACCGUCACCUGGACCGUCGUGGCCCUGCAGGCGCUGGGUGGUCUGGUCAUUGCAGCGGUCAUCAAGUAUGCAGACAACAUCCUGAAGGGCUUUGCUACGUCUCUCUCAAUCAUCCUGUCCACUCUCAUCUCGUACUUCUGGCUGCAGGACUUCGACCCCACCAGCGUCUUCUUCCUCGGGGCCGUUUUGGUCAUCGUGGCUACUUUCCUGUACGGCUACGAAUGCAAGCAGGCCCCCAACCCCAGCAGGGCGUAGGACAGCCCCCCCCCGGCUGACCAUGGCGGCAGCAGCGGGAGGUCGUGUUGAAGGAGCACACAGGAGGAAGAAUAAGGGGAAAGGAUCUUGUCAUGCAUUUGUGAUUUGAAAUCAAGGAUGGGACGGACAAAUGUUAGGUGAGGAGGAGGUGAACAGGUUGGAGAAAAAGAGAGGUUGAGAGAAAAAUGAAGCAAGCACAACGCUGCGAUUGGUCUCACGCCAGAAGUGCCUCGACCGAGAAGGAAAGGCAACAAGGAAAGAAAGAGCAACGCUGCGUUUUUCUUUUCUCCUGUUGUCAGUGCUGUGGAGAAAGUCCCGGCUGCCACGCCUGCAGAGACAGAGGACCAACUGAUUGUGUUCAUUAAGAACUAAUUUUAACUGCCAGUCACUGUUACUGUCACAUCGACCACACCGCGCCCGUAGAGGAUUAAAGAGGCUGACAGCAGGAGCGUGUCCAUCUUCUCUGUCAAAGUCACACUUCUGAUAUAUAUAAAAUGUAAAAAAAGUAUCCCAGUUUGUCUCCACCUCACUGUGACCGUAUUUUACACUCAGACAAGCUUCCUUGUCCAAUUUUGACCACUUUAAACUUAAUGUUGGAGCUAAAAUCAGCUUUUUGAAGCUCAUGACUUGAUGCCACGUGGCUUCUGGUUGAUGUUCUGCUACAGAACUGAGAUUUGCUCACAAGUUAUGAAACCUGUGAAGUAGGUCCGAGUUAUAUCAGAUUUCCAAAUACUCACAUAUUUCUGGUAAGAGUACCUUGAAUUCUACAUUUGAUUGACCUUUUCAGCUGCCCGUCAGGCUGAAUGUAAGCUGUUACUGAUGCGGUCCGUGGUGUUGGAGCAGAGCAUGCAAAAUCAGCAUUUGCAUUUUUAUCGAGCGCAGACUGAGCGAACGCCGUCUGGUGCAGGACGAGCCGACAGAUAUUUUACACUGUGCUAGAUUCAUAAAUGGAGCGACCUUGAUUUGAAAAUGCUCCAGAUGUAAUCGAUCGGUCAGCCCACAGACACUCGAUAAACACUACUGAAAAUCCGCUUUCAUUUCAUGGAUUCUUUAAAACGUCUGGCUGUCGUCUCUGGGGGAGGUACGGCGUGGAUUCCUUCGUCUUUGGCAGUUGCAGUGACCAGAACUGGUAUUGUUUCAUUUACAGCUCUCGUGUUUUUAAUUCAGCGAUUGUUGAAAACAGCCUGUAAUCAUCGCUGUGGAGUGUUUGGCAACAUUUACAGCACCGUGUGUCUCACUGGCGGGACGUUUACGCUGCGGACCUCCGACCUGUCCGUCUGAUGAAGUAAAGCAUUCAGCGGGGAUGUGAGUGUGUGCAAAUUAAAUGCUCAGAAGUUAAUAAAAUAAUUCAACACUUGAGAAAUACAGUUAAAAAACUGGUGAUUGUUAAAAAAAUGUUGAUUUUGGAGGCUGGAGCCAGGUUUGUGUAAGAUCAUUUUUUCUGUCCAGUUUGUGAUUUUGUUCUCUUUCAGUUUUAUUGAUCGCUGUUUUAGCUGUUCUACGUAAAAGCAAUUGAGCUGGUUUCACCUUGGUUAGAUUUGAGUUUUCACUUCUCAGAGCCACCGUUGAUUGUCUGCGUCCAGCUCUUCACGUCUUGUGCUCGUCUAUCAUUAUUUUCUGUUGAUUUUUUAAUUUUUUUUUUUGGCAAAAAUAAUCAAACGUUACUGAAUGUAGCCCAACUAAGUCUGAACUGACUGAACAGUUUAGACUGUGAUUCCAGGAGAUGGUGGGGUCCUACCCUGGUCCUGGAGGACCGCUGUCCUGCGUGUGUGUGAUCGAUCCUGGCACAACACACUCAGUUCCACUCAGUGGAUUGUUUUCAGAUUUACAUUAAGCUAUACUGAAGCUGGAAGAAAUCUAAAUCAUGCAGGACGGCGGCCCUCUGGUUCCUCCACUGACUUAGGACCUUCACCAGGCAUUAUUUUCAUUGGAAAUAACCUUUGGCUGUAUGAUUUUUUUUUUUCUUCAAAAUUUUUGGGUUUUUCUGGAAAUACUUUUUUUUGGGGGGAAUAAUGCGGGUAUAAUUAUUAAUGUUAUUUCAAUCACCAAUAUGUGAAUCUUUUAUAAAAUGUUAAACUUGAA